AUGAAGAAAGUCAACUUUGUGUCUGCUGAGGAGAUGGAACCAGUCCAAGAAGGGGAGGAUACACAAUUUGCUGAGGUGUGCUACAUGAGCAAUGGGCAAGGAGGUUACAACAAAGGAUACUAUAAUUACAAGUCCAACCCUGCCAUGUCAUACCGCAACACUGAUGUUGCUAACCCUCAGGACCAAGUCUAUCCUCAACAACAAGCAGCUCGAUCGAGUCAGGUGCCACAACAUGGGCUUCCCCACCAACCGCCCCAGCCUGCACCUUCACAAGAGAAUGAGCUCAAGGCAAUGCUAAAGCAACUACUUCAAGGGCAAGCUGAUGGGGUAGUGGACACAAGCAAGAAGCUAGCUGAAAUAAACUCUAAGAUCGAGAACCUCAACACAAGGGUUUACUCUCUGGAGAAUCAUGCUUCUUCUGUUGCUGCUGCUACAAAGCAAGGACAACUACCUGAGAUUGUUGCUGCUGAGGCUCCUGGAGUCCAGAUUGAUCAACCAGAAGUGCAGGCACCUACUGUGGCCAUUCACACUUCACCAGUUGAGCUCGCACGACAAGCUCGAUCGGCAGCUCGAUCGAGUCCAACUCUAGCUCGAUCGAGUCCGACCUCUUCUGUCCGAAAGCCUGUUUUGCUUGAUCCUUAA